AUGGCGACCACCUCUCCGUCAUUUUGCGAGACUUCGGCUUUUAAGAAGAACUCAGUAGGUAAGAGCCGGGAAUUGCUGUUCAAAUUACAUCUUUAAAAGAUAAAAAUGAAAUUAUAAGAACAUUUUUUGUGGUUUUUCUUAUGUCCAGCUGUCAAAAGUCACAAUAUUUUCACACUUUCAAGAAAUACAGAUUCACCGCCGGCGUCAAGCGACUUAACCUUAUAUCUUAUAUCUUUUUUCUUUUUUUCUUCUUUUUUUAUCUUUUUUUUAAGUGAUCUCAUUUGACAUGUUAUUACAUAGCCCGUUUUAUCCUUUUAUCCUCGGGAUUGAGUUCUCCGGAAGCCAGUUAAAUUUAGCAGCGUAGCAAUCUGUUAAUCAUGCCAAAGCUCUGGGACAUCAAUAAAGUACGUUGGCUCUCACUAGUUGUUACAUGCAUUUUGCAACUGGCUAGUGAGCAGUUGCUUUGAGGACAUACUGAUUGGAAAUUUGAGUUAUUAUUUACGGGUGUGCUUAUUUAGCAGAAAAUGAAGAUAUCCUCCCAAACAGGAUAAGCUUUUUAACGCGUCCCUAAUGUUUCUGUAAGUAAUGUAGACUGCGUUAUCACGAGUAGCAAAAUUAUUUCUGAGAGCGACAAAAAAAGCCAUCAAUCACUUCACUUUUGCCAAGUGACCACUGGGUCUCAAUAUUUGAAGACUUUUGUUAUUAAAGUGUUUUGUUGCUGUAGACUUCAUGCAUCAAUGAUUCUAAUUCAUGUUAUGAUUCUCGUUUGUUUCUUCAGAAAAACGUAAAAACAAAGGUUCUGAAGCCAAAGAACAGAUCUUGAAAUCAAAGAGAAAAUCUAACAGCAAAGUUCUCAAGGUAAGGAUAGAUUGUUAAAAAUGGCUUUCUUUCUACAGCCAUCUAUUAGAUCCACCUGUUUUUACAAAAAAGAAAAAAAAUAAGGAAUAAAAUGACUUUACAUGAAGGAAUAUGUACAAGGUGGACGACAUUAUAUUAGAAAGUUUGAGGUCAGUGAAAUUUUUUCCUAUUUUUCUUGUUACAGCAUGAAGUUAAAUGGUGUAAGGUGGCAUUGAAUAUAUCAUAUAUCUUAGUAUUGUAAAUCGGUUAUUGCAACAACGUAACUCCAUGUGCAAAAUGAAUAUGUGGACCGUUUUAAGUAGGAAAGUUGUUCUUAAGAGCCCCUUGAGUAUUUUGCCACUUUGUUUUGUUUAGUUUGCAUUAUUGACCAAGCUCAGUGAGGUCAAGAUGGCUGGACAUUGACCAAAUUAUUCUUUGCAUCUUUGUCCAUAAGGAUACAAAAAGGAACAAGGCUAAUAUACAACCAUCGUGCUUGGUCAAUAAAGAGGAAAACUAGUUUUGUCUAGUCAAAAUUUUGGGCAAAUAUAUUACCAACCUUUAUCUAUCUGAUCAGCCUUGUCCUAAAUUUUUAAGUGUUAUUUUAUAUUCCUGAUCCUGAUCUACACCAAGAUCCGUCUUUCUCUCCUUGCUGUUUGUCCAAGUGGUCCUUUCAAGAAUUGUUUGCGAAAGGAUUUAUUCUAUGAGCAAAAAGAGAACUUUUUCUCGCGGAAUCAAUGCGGGAAAUCCCGAGUGGGAGAGAUGGGGAGAUGCCAAGCAGAGUGCAAGAUUACCCUCAUUUUGCCUGCUCACAAAUUCAGCUUUACAAUAAAUUGGCUAAGUUACAGUUAAAGUGUCAAUAGUCGAAAGGGAUAUCACUGAAUGCCAAUCUUAACUUAACUGAAUUUACUAAUUUUUGUACAUCUUCUUGACAUUUCAUAUGAUAGAACAGUUCUACAGAGCUUCCUUCCUCCGAGUCCUUGGUAGCCAGUAUACAAGAGCCAGUGUGGGAUAUUGAGUACAGUGAGGAACUGAAUGUACCAGUUCCAGAUCUCUAUCCUGAGUUGUCAGAAUCCUUACAAAACAUGCAAGAUAGUGUUACAGAGCAAGAAGAGAUUGCAAAAGGUGUCAUUAAUUGUUCAAUUAUCUGUCUAUCUUUUAUAUUUGACUACGUACAGACAUCUCCUAUUUUUUGCUUCUUGGAAAAGGGAAGUAAAUGAAGAGAAAUGAGAGAGACAUAUGCAAUGAAUAUAGACAAUUUCAUUCUUGUAUUUUAUUCAUAUUCAAAAAAUUGAUGGGUUUUUUUGUGUGCUUAUUAGGUUGUUCAUCAUUCUGUUUAUCAUUGAUUGACUCUAUUUCCUUUCAUUCUUCCUCCCUUCCUUCUGUCCUUUCUUCAUCCAUUUGGUGAUUCAGUCAUCAAGAUUCAUUUUUUAAUUCAGUCAAUAGUCAGUCGUUUUUAUCUAUAUCCUCUUCAAUAUAUCAUAGGAUUUUCUUUUCAAUCAGGUGCAGAAAUGUUUGUUAGUGCAACUAUCUAGCUUCAGUUUUUCCCUUUUGCCUUGUUCUAUUCACUCCUUUAAGUUACCUGUGCAUUGGUUUCAAGAAAACUGAUCUUGCAUGAAAGAGACUUGUCUCACUCUAAUGCAAGUUUCCUGUAAUGUUCAUGUAUAUUAUUGCGGUAUUGUACCGUCUUUUGGUACUGACCUUGCCUUAACAUUUACAAAAUCUGGACUAUCUGUAAUCAUCAACAUGACAAGACAACCAUGUAGUAAAAGCAUUCACCUCGAUAACCUACCAAUAAAAAUCAAUUUUGGCUCCUUUGCAGUUAGGAAGCCUGGAUGUGACAAUGAGGAUAUGCAGUGUGUUCCAACUAGCUGUAAUGACAGUCAGGAUGACCCUGUGGCGAGUCAGGUAAAAACUCUAAUUAUACAGUCAUAGUCUAUGAAAAUCGUAGCCAAGUUGAAAACUUGAGAAAGUAAAGUAUGACAAGUAUGGAAAUUUAUUGGUUUUUUUUUUUCAAUUUUAUUUUCCUUUGAAUCAUUUUAGAGUCAAGAUGAUUCUCAACUAUCGAAUACAGGAAGCCAAGCAAAGCAAAAAAGAAAACUAGCAAAACCCAGAAAGGUCAGAAAACGAAAAGGCAUCGACCAAGGACAAAAUACCAUUACACUGAAAGAGGUAGGUUUGGUUUAUGUUGUUCAACUUGUAUCUGGAAACCGGAAUAUCAAUAUCUUUUGUUGAAAAAUGGAAGGGUGAAGGGAGCUAUGUGGAUGCAGGAUGUUCUGAAAUCUUUACAAAACGUGAAUAACCAGUAGAGACUGCUUGGUUUGAUUACAGUUUGCUUCUGAUUAAUAGCUUUGAAUCCAGUGAGGUAGGGAAAAUGUAACCUGAGAUCAGGCCCAUUUUUAACGGAAUGUUAUUUACAAAGCGAAGCGAAAAUAGAACCUGAUCUCAGAUUAGGGAAAAUGUAGAAAGGAACUUGAUGAUAAUGCUUAACUCAAUUAAGAUAAGCCUUAGAAAAAAGACUUGUCUUAACACUUUUUUGAUGAUAUUACAGAACUCUGAACUCCUUGCUGACCUCCAGGGUACAGGCAAACAGGGAACUUGGGCUCAGUGCAGCAUUCCUAGUUGUGGUAAAUGGAGAUUUCUUCAGAGCAAUGUUGACCCAAAUGAGCUGCCCGAAAGAUGGGUGUGUGCGAUGAACGAAAGUAGGUCACUCUUGGCUUGCUAAUUCUUAGAAAGUACUUCUUGUUUGACUAUUAAACUUGCUUUAAAGUAUCUGUCGAUGAACUAUUACCUGGCAUAAUUAUUUUCUCUUCUUCCGAUUGGACGGGAACGUUUCGUGUGUUAUCCCAUGGAGCAUAACUCCCUAGAGCAAACAAAACUCUAAUAACUGUUCUAGAACGUCUGUUUCCCUCUACUUCGCCUUUAGAACAAUUGUUUACAACAUAGGGUCUGUUCUAAAUCUAUAAAGCAACCCUUUUUCACUUGCAGCUUCCUUAUAAACGACUUCAAAAGCUCUUACGUGGGUCUCAAUUUCUUCCCCUUAGAUGAAAAAUAUAAUGAGUGUAGUGCAUCGGAAGAAACAUUCGACAGCCAAGAAGGCAACUUGGACGUGAUGUACACACCUUACCCGAGUGGUGCAAUCGUGUGGGCCAAGAUGGUUGGUUAUCCCUGGUAAUUCUGCUCUCCUUUUUCUCGUAAUACACUAUUCAGAAAGGCACCGUCUUAAAUUAACAAUUCAGACUUUUUUACGUACAGAUUUUGGAAACCACUUCAAGAAUCAAAUAGGACAGUAAAAGGCUUUUGUGUAGGAUCAAACUUGUUUGAUUUUGUAUUCAAAGAAAUCGAGUGAAUGAAAAAAGACAAAUGUUUUGUUGCUCAAAGAAGCACCCAUAAGAACGUCUCGUUACGUUCAUCGGUUAGGACAUUCAGUCUUCAGACAAAUUUAUACCUACAGACAAUCCAGAGGAUGUUUACUUAAUGAAACAGAACGCUUAGAUUUCCCCUCCCUCAUACUCACCAUGCUUUUAACAGUGUGCGACCACCUUCGGAUUACUAAAAAUGCUCUUAAUUUACAAUUGGUCAUUUCCUACAAUCCAUUCUCGUAAGCGGCCAUUCAAAUAAAAUUGCCCACUUUAUUGAUCAUAGGUAGACCUCUCUGGGUAGACCUGCCAAAGGUAUUACAUGUUCCUUUAUGUAAAUGCUGUGAAUUACAUUUAUGUAUAGUCCGCGUUUGCGGAACCAGAGUAAGAGAAAAAUUUUUUUAUCUAUUUGUCCCUCGGACAAGCACUAUAUUUAAUUUGGUUGUCGAAACCCAAGAGUUCUUGUCCAAAACGUUUUGCCAGGUUCAUACGCCAAAUGGAGCUCGCAAAAACAAAUAAAAUGGGUGAGGUAUGGCAAAUUUGAAAGGAUUAUUUAACGUUAUUUUGUCAAAUAUGAGUUUUGCUUUUAUGACUAUAAGAUACAUUUUAACUCUACUGUAAUUUAAAGUCAAUCUUCAACUGUUUCUGUAUUUUUUUCUAAUAAAUGUCAAAGGUUCACAUGUCCGAACUGAAUUUCUCCCUGUCCCGGACAAUCGGACAUAGGUUUUGGAGCAUCCUGCGGAACAGAACGAACCGCUUUGGGGGAGGGGCGUUUUCAAACUCUUUUCGUUAAACUGCUGUUGAAAGAAGAGCACGUCUCUAAUAACCACUAAGUUGUCAGUAAACCUAAGCUGAUCUUCACCCGUAUUUAGAAACAGGUAAAAGAAAAACUCUACUUGGUAAGUCCUGAAGAUAGUCACGUAUUUGUCUGUGGAUGAUUUCUGUUGUGAUUGCAAAUCUCAAUUAAAGGUGGCAAUAACAGUCUCAAUAUAAUUCCCUUUCAUUGCCAGGUGGCCAGCAAUGAUGGAGGACGACCCAGAUUAUGGUUACUACUGUGAAACGGGUGAAGACAAUGUCACACCGGUAAAUACCAAACGUCGGGAAUUAAUAACAAGCAAUAUCUGUUACCAUAACUCAGUAGAUACAGAAGAGCCCUUACUGAAUUGAAUAGCAUUUACCUAAAAUACAUUAUUAUCAUACAUCAUAAUUCUACUGACGUAAAAAAGAUGUUCUGACAAUCCGAAUUCUCAUUGGCUAAGAGCCUACACUUAAUUUUGGAAAUCAGCGAGUGCAUGAUUUCCAACAGCCAUGUCAAGUUAUAUCAUUUCUACUCUUUAAUUUGUUUUGGAAAAUAUUAAACUCUGUUCCUUGUGACAGUGCUACGUCAUUAUUUCCUUUGCAAAAGAUGUAUAAUAAAACAGCUACCAGGCAACGUUUUUGAGAUUUGCCGAAUAGUUCGGAUACAGUGUAUUUUGAAGACAUCAUCUAAUAAUUGUGAAUUAUCUGAUUUCAGGAGAUGUACCACGUGGUAUUUUUCGAUAAAGAAGUUUCGAGAACUUGGGUGAAUGCCGUUUGUAUCCGAAACUUUUCCUGUGAUGACGACCCAGAGGACAUGGGGAAGGUCAGUUUAACUACUACUCUACAAGUAUUCUCUUGUAGUGUGGUUUGAUUAGUGCAGGACUGUGAGGCCCCCAUCUUCAAAUAUUGGGAAUUGUCAGGGAAAGGAUAAUAGAUGACGUCAUAAUGCGCGAAAUAUGAUGUCAUUUGUGUAAAAAAAAGCUUGGGAAAAAGAUGUUGUUGGAAUUGUAACAUUUGUACCUGAUUGGUUUACUUCCCACCAAUCACAUUAUUGCUUAUAAGACAAUGGCAUACCGGGGUAUCUGAGGAAACGUUCUAUGUUAAAGGUUAAAUAGCUCAAACAACGCAAAAUAUUUGAAAUUUCAUUGACAGAAAGUCGCAUCUACAAGAAACUGUAGACUUUGGCAACUAAUCGACUCUAAUCUGGAGACUGGGAGAAACGGUUCAAAAUCGGGAGUCUCCCGGAUUAUCCGGGAGAGUUGACAGUACUGUUAGUGUUUUGGAGAAAUUCACUCGUCAAAUUGUAUUAUAUGAGGGUUGAAAUAACUCAAGUAGUGGACAGAAAACUGUGAUAUAUGCAAUUCUGUUGUCAUAAUUAUAUUAUGCUAGCAACAUCAUUCAGCAAAUAAAGUAUUUUCUCAAAGACGCUGUAGACGUCUCUUGUUUUCGCCCUGAUUUGCCAUCCAGAACAAAUUAAUUAUGAACAUAGAAACAUAUUCACCCCUCCACUGGUUAGAAGGAAGUUAGGGAAAGCUCUGAACUUAACUUAAGGCGUCCCAAAGCGUCUCUUUCAGGUUGGUGCCGGAUUCAUUUACUCUCGCAAGGAAUGUAUCUUUCAGGAGGUCGGAUUUGCGAAUUAUUUCGUACGUUCUCUAAAUACUUUGAAAUCCAGGUUACUUUUAAAGGGAAGAAUUACAGAAGACAGCUCACCGCAGCUACCCUGGCAGCACGGAGGGCAGCACAGUUGCCUCUUCAGGUACCAUGCUAUGUCAAUACCUUUUUCUAAUGAAGCUCGUUUAGCCUGCGUAGCAAGCGUUUCCGUUUGGUUUCAGAGCAAACAACGAGGAGCGAGAGUCAAAGACCGCGCGAAAAAUGGCGCAAGUGAAAGAGCCGGGAGGGGUUGGGAAGAAGUUUCCUUCCUUCCCUUUCCCCUUCCCCUUCCCCCUCUUUUAUUUCUCGGGCUGUCAAAACCGAAAAUGCCCUUCCUUGGACUUUCUUUUCUCCGAAACCAAACAGAAACGCUUGUUACGCAGGCUAAAGCUCGUUUGUCUCGCCAAACAGUAACUUUUUCAUAGAUCGUGACCAGGUAAUGCUGGUUUUCAUCAUAUGAUGCGGAGUCACGGUAUCAAAACUAUUAUUAGUGAGCAGGAGUUCAUUGGACAGUGUUCCAAGCUGUGACCGUUUUGGGCGAGUAGAAAAAAUAUGGCGACUAAAAUUGCAGUGAAAGUCGCCAAAUGGCGGCCUGUGUUCAGCGAUCAUGUGCCAAAUUCCCGAGAUUUUGCGAGACGCGUUUUUGUAUUAAGCCUUGAGUUGUCGCGUGUACCUUUGCCCAAUUCGAUUGCGAUGGUUCGGCAGCCAUUUUGAUUCUUUCAAACUUUCAUGUAGUGUUGCACAAAAAAUAUUUUAUGCCUGGCGACCAUUUUAUAAUUUAAGGUUGCGGAGAGGCGACUUUGAAAAAGGCUGGGCUUGGAGCACUGUCAUACAUUUGCCAAAUGGUGCAUGUGCUUCUCAGUUGUUAAAAAUUAUUUUAGUAUGUCCUUUUUAAUAGCCACAACAUGACGUAACUCCUAGGGAGUCAGGAGAGGUGCGUCAAAGAAAAUUUCGUUCCCGGGCUUAGCAAAAUUGAUUCUUCUCAUUAUAUAUGCCAACUCUUUGGUGCUGCCCUGAUCGGCAGAUACCACCCUGACAUAAGGUCCCUAAUUUUUAUGGAUAACUAACAAGUACUUCUUUUUUUCUCUUAACAUGAAAAAAGUUAUUUUCAUUUACAGCGUCGGCUUGCAGAAUAUGGCUUUGCAGCACGCUACAAAGGACCUAUUGGUAGAAAAGCAGUUGAAGAGAGUAAACGAUCGAUCAGCCUAGAGACAGGAGAACUUAGUGAUUCGGGUAGGAAAAGGAAAUCGGUGGAAUUAAAUUUUAAUGAUUAAAAGAGUUUCCGUUCGCCUAUGCAUUCGAAUUAAAUGUUAGACAUUUCCAAUGAUCUGAUAGUACUUUCCUGGCGUUGUUCACCUCUUUCUAGAGACAGGAAUAGGGCAGACAACAUCGUGGGGCAGUAAAAUUGGUUUCCAUGAAUUACCCUGAAAGAUAAAGUUUGACACCUUAUGCCUUUAGUUUAUGUGGACUUGUUUUGUAAAGAUUCUCAUGAUCACGAGAGGAUAAAAGACCUCUAUCCUCACUUGUGACGAUAAAUGCUAAGUAAUGAUGUUUCUUUUUUAAGGGGUAUAGAAAAAAAACUUCUACAUUUUGGGUUUUCAUGUCUAACGAGGUAGAAGUUGAAUGUUUUAUUUACAGUUACAGAUUCAUCAAGUCAGGACUUCAGUAGCAGCGGAAACAGUUUCAUCAGUGAAAACAGUUAUAGCAGUCCAGAUGAACCUAAAAGAUUGAAACCAAAAACCCCACUCAAGUCCAAAACACGCAAAGAAAAGACAGCUAAAACACCGAUCAAGAGUGAGAAAAAGAAAAUGCAACAAACUAAACAAGCCGAUUCUGCUGGCAGAAAGGAAAAGGUAGGGAAGAAGGAAGCGAAGAAAGCCACCACGGACGCCUCUAUAACAACUAAUGGAAGUAAAGGUACAUUAACUUAUAUUUGUGAAUUUAAGGAAAUUGUUGGAAAUUAUAGUUAGAUCGUAUCACAUGUAAUAACAAAAAAAAACCUAGAAACGAUUUAACAAUUAAAAUAUCCUCGACAGACAAUGCUGGACUGAAGGCUUCAGUUCUUUACACCAUGAAAAUUAUUUCUAUUAACUUGAUUUUUAACAAGAGGAGUAUGUGUAACACUGUAAUGCUGAAAGUAUAGUACUCUUUCAAAACUGAAUUUUUAUUCAAGGAAUUUUGACCCUGUCACGAGUUCUCAGUUAUUCUAGGAUUCCCCCUGCCCACCAACACAGAAAAAGCAAAGUGUGACCUAGCCUUAAAUUCACUUGGACAGUCUAAGUUAGUAACUUCUCCAGCACUGUACUAAAGAGUAGCCUAGAUACACGUUAGUACGUUUUCUAAUGUUUGCGUCGCUUUAUUUUUUAUUUCUCGUAGAAUUAGCACCUCAAAGUAGUAGUACAAGUACGAAUAUCGAGAUGCAAAUGGAUACUCAACAACCUACAGAGGGAGAUCAAGGCAAGAAUAAAAACACAGAAAUGGUGCUCAGUAAUCACUGUGAGGCCCCUGUUCCCAACACUUUGAACAGUAAGACAUAUUCUGAGGACACCAUAUGUGAGAAUGAAAGGAGUACGACUAAACCAACUGCCAAGAAGUUGGUUGAAUCAAAUAGUUCAGAAGUAAAAGUUGUUAAAAACAGGAAGAAGUCUGAUGAAGUGCGAGGUAGAAAGAAUGCUAAGAAAAGCAAGGAGGAUAACUCUAAUAUCAGCCUUUUGGAAAAUUCUUCUAAAAACAAACAACACGAAAAGGCAGAUGCUAACGUCAUGAGUUUAAGCACUUUACUGAAAACGCAAAAGAAGCGAACAGCGUGUGUAGAAAGUAAUCGAAAGAAGAAAAAAGUUGCUGCGAGGAUAGAAAAUGAUCCUCCUGACAUUGCUGCGCGGGAGGAGGUGAAAAGAGAUAAUUCUGUUUCACCUAGCACGUCUAAUCUUGGCGAUUCCAUAGAAAACCAACGAGAAGAAGCCGUUAGUAAAACCAAAGAACGGGAUAGGCCUACUGGAGAUAGCACCAAAGCUGAAGGUCCAUGUCCUGAAAGCGGGGGAAAUGGACGAUAUAAGAAAAAAGAUUCUGGAAGUCUAAAGAAUGGGACAAAUAAAAAUUUAAAGAAGAAAACAGCCGGAAGUUCAUUAGGACGGGAGCCAGGAAAUGGUAGUGAAGAAUUAGCCUCGAGUUCAGAAGGGUCUGGUAAAAAAGAACCAUCUGGAGACGGUUUGCACCCAGAAAACCAUCCACAACCCCAGAAACCAGGCUUUACUCUUAAAAGAUCUUCUGCCAAUACAGAUGUGCCAGUAUCCUUGACUGAAAAAGUUACUCUAAAGAAGUCUUUACCGAAGUUAGUUAAAGCUUUUAAGCCUCCCAUAGCGAAGGAAGGCAAGGGACCAAAAAUGCCUAAACUUUUGAAACCCCAGUUUGUUAGCCCAGCGCUUGCCAUAACGAAAGGAGAUAAAAACGAUCCUCGUAAGGAGGAAAGUGAAACAAAAGCAGAGUCAAACACAGAAACGAAACCACCUGGAACCACAAAAGGAAUGAAAUUAAAGAGCAAAUCCCCACAGACAAUGGUUCAUUCUCAGAGUGAAAAGUCAAAGGAAUCUGAACGUCAUCAAGCUACUGACAUCUUACCAGGUUAGAAUGUCAUUUUCCGACGAUAGCUCUUAGAUUUCUGCAAAAUGGACCCUUUGUUAGCAUGCAAAUAUAUACCUAGUGUCCUACUAUAUUUUUUUAUUUCCCUAAAUCUUGAAAGUACUCGUAAAGACAGAACAUACACUGAAAAUUAAAAUGCCUGUUUCAGCCCUAAAGUACCAAUUCAGCCCUGCAGGUUAAAGUCUGAUUCAGCCCCUCCUGGAGCCAUCUGAGCACCAUUUAAGCCAAAACAGCCCCAUCAAAAGGCUCUUUUAGUCCACACUCGGUCCCCUUCAGUCCCUGGGUCCAAAUCAGCAUCACCCCUAGGUAGCUGGACUGCAUUGGCCCUGAUCAGGAGCCAAAUUAGACUCAAAAACAGGACUGUAUUUUACUCACCAACAUGCACGGCCCCAUUUUUCGGGCUAAAACAAAUCUUUCUGAUUUACAGUGUAUAAUUUGCGGGAAAUAACCCACCGUUGAAAUUUGCUAGUCAAGUCGAUAUUUCACUGUUAAAUAGAACCUGAGAACGGUAUGCUCGACGUUGAGCGAUGAACCUACCCCAACCAAACUUUAAGUGAUGAGUCGUUAGGGUGAAAACAAAUGUAACUUGGUUAUUUUAAUUAUCCUUUUGUUUUAGAGGACCUCGAGGCCGAAAUAGAGGAAAUUGACAAUGAUAUCGCAAGCAUGCAGAAAGAGCUCAGGGUAUCUGACAUCAGUGACACAAGUAUCUCCGAGGAGAAGGUGGUCUCUCCAACUGCCAGCCCGCAUCAAUUCUUGUCUGAUUCGCCGGAAUUUUAAAAACCGUUGAUGUCAUAGUCUAAACUCUAUUAUGCAAGACAGUCUACAUUAUGCUCUAACCUGUUUCCUUAAGA